AUGGUCCGGCGAGCAGCCUCUCCGGCCCUUUCGGAGAAUGAGGUCGAUAUUGGCGGCGCGCUUUUCGCCGAGGAUCUUGAUGAUUCGCUGAAGCUGGACAAAUCCGCCGAGCAGGAUGGCUUCGGCUUCGAUGCGGACGGAAUCUUUAAUGGGGGAGACGGAUCCGAUGACGAUGACGAGGCUUUCAUUGCGUUGCAGCAGGCCGCUUCCUUCCGGAAGGCUUCGAAUUUGAAGGGAAAGUCGGUGAAGAAGGGGGGCGGUUUCCAAGCUAUGGGUGCGAAUCUCCGCCUCAAUGGAAAUAUCCUGCGGGCGAUUGCGAGGAAAGGCUUCACAGUACCCACCCCGAUUCAGCGUAAAACGAUACCCCUAAUCCUCUCGCGGAAAGAUGUCGUCGGCAUGGCCAGGACCGGUUCCGGAAAGACCGCCGCCUUUGUUAUCCCCAUGAUCGAGCGGUUAAAAUCCCAUAGCGUCAAAGUCGGUGCCCGUGCGUUGAUCAUGUCUCCGUCUCGUGAACUCGCUAUCCAGACCUUGAAGGUUGUCAAGGAACUCGGCCGCGGAACGGACCUCAAGACGGUGCUACUCGUUGGUGGUGACAGCUUGGAAGAGCAGUUCGGCCUCAUGACGACGAAUCCCGAUAUUGUCAUCGCUACCCCCGGUCGUUUCCUCCAUCUCAAAGUCGAGAUGGGACUGGAUCUAUCCUCUGUCAAGUACGUGGUCUUCGACGAAGCCGAUCGACUGUUCGAAAUGGGUUUCGCUACCCAGCUCACCGAGAUUUUGCACGCUCUCCCGCCCUCGCGUCAGACACUCCUCUUCUCCGCAACCCUACCCGCCUCGCUGGUGGAAUUCGCCCAUGCGGGCCUUCAAGAUCCAGAGCUUGUGCGUCUCGACGCGGAAACCAAGAUUUCACCAGAUCUUCACAACGCCUUCUUCUCGAUCAAAGCGGCCGACAAGGAGGGUGCGCUACUCUACAUACUACACGACGUGAUUAAAAUGCCACUAGGUCUUCCCGAGGGUGUGAGAGGCUUCGAGAUGGGUCCCUCGAAGAAACGGAAGCGCGGCGGAGACCAGGGCGGCUCGGGCAAACCGACGGAGCACUCCACCAUCGUAUUCGCCGCCACGAAGCACCGCGUCGAAUACCUCGCGAGCCUGCUCGAACACGCCGGUUUCGCCGUCUCCUUCGUUUUCGGAUCCCUCGACCAGGAGGCCCGCCGGAUUCAGGUCGAGGACUUCCGCCGCGGACGGACCAACAUCCUUGUCGUCACCGACGUCGCUGCCCGUGGUAUCGACAUUCCCGUUUUGCAAAACGUCAUCAACUACGAUUUCCCUCCCCAGCCCAAGAUUUUCGUCCACCGCGUCGGUCGAACUGCUCGUGCGGGGCAGCAAGGUUGGAGCUACAGUCUCGUGAGGGAUGUCGAUGCCCCUUACCUCGUCGAUCUGCAGCUCUUCCUCGGCAGGAAGCUCGUCGUCGGUCAGGAUGCGUCGGCGUCGUUUACUCAAGACGUAGUUGUCGGCGCGUUGCCUCGAGCUGAUAUGGAGCAGCACGUCGAAUGGCUCGACAAGGUCCUCCGAGAGAGCGUCGAUAUGGCGUCGAUCCGCCGCGUGGCCGAUAAGGCGGAGAAACUUUACAUGAAGACGAGGAACUCGGCGGCGAGCGAGAGCGCGAAGCGAGCGCGUGAACUUGUCGGUUCCGAGGCGUGGUCCCAGCUGAACAUGAAGUUCGGAAUCCGGCCCGACGAGGAGGCGUACUCGAAAAUGCUCGCCUCCAUUAGCUCGUUCAAGCCAUCCGAGACUAUAUUCGAGAUUGGACGAGGAGCUAAAUCUGUUAGCAACGAGGCCGCUGAAGUCAUGAGACAAAUGAGGAAGAGGGCGGGACCUCGCAGGUCGAAGAAGGAGGAGAAGGAUGACGUGGACGAAGACGACAAAGACCACGACGGCGAAGAAAUGGACGUGGACGAGAAGGACGACGACUCGGAAGAAGACGAAGGCCCCGCCGCGACGGGCUACAACUCCGACUCCUCAGACGACCUCGAAGUAACAAUCUCCACCUCCAAACAAGAAAAGAAGAACCGCUCCCAAACAACCUCCUUCCAAGACCCCGAAAUCUUCAUGUCCUACCGCCCCCGCACCACAAACAUGGACGCCGAACGCGCCUACGGCGUGCACUCCGGCUCCCAGAUCAACGGCCCGGGCAACAGCAACGGCGCCAACUUCGUCCUCGCCGCCCGCGACGCAGCCAUGGACCUCACCAACGACGAGACGGCCAAGUCGUUCGGUGUGCCCGCCCGCCGCGGCAUGAUGCGCUGGGACAAGAAGAGCAAGAAGUACGUGUCGCGGCUCAACGACUCGGACGGCUCUAAGGGCGCGCGCAUGAUCGUUGGUGAGAGCGGCGUCAAGAUCGCCGCUAGCUUCCAGAGUGGACGGUUCGAGAAGUGGAAGAAGGCGCAUAGGCUUGCGGGGUUGCCGAGGGUCGGCGAUGCGGAGAAGACGAGUCUUGUUCGUGGGGUUGGGGAUGCUAAUUCGGGUGGUGGUGGUGAUGGGAGGAGGUUUAAGCAUAGGCAGGAGAAGGCGCCUAAGGAGGCCGAUAAGUAUCGCGAUGAUUAUGAGGUGCGGAAGAAGAGGGUCGAAGAGGCGCGCGAGAAGAGGAUUGGUAGGUUUAAGGAUGGCGGGGGAAGCAAGCGGGAGAUUAAGGGUCUUGAUGGGAUUAGGAAGGCGAGGAAGGAGAAGGAAAGGAGGCGUCAGAAGAACGCGAGACCUGCGAAGAAGAAGUAG